CGGGCGCGGGAGGCCGCGCGGGGUCCCGGCGGACACACGCGCACACGCUCCCGGAGGAGCCCUUUCCGAGGCUGCUCUUCCGCGGCCGGACGGAGAGCGGCAGUGUCUCCCCGCCCAGCGCACUCUCGCCCCGCGUCUCCCCCCGCGGAGGCGGCGGCGGCGGCGGCGGCUCCUCCUCAGCACCGCCAGCCCCAGCGCCGCUCCGGGGCGGGCGGGCGGCGGGACCCGCGGAGCCGCUUUGUGUGCAGCCCGACGAGGGGCGGCGGCGCAACCAACCACCUGACAGAGGCCCGGGCGCUCGAUGCACCUUCCGCCCGCAUGAGGAGAGGCCGGUAGAGGACCGUGAAAAAAAAGUUGUCCCCUAGGAUGGACUUCACCGCGCAGCCCAAGCCUGCCACUGCCCUCUGUGGCGUCGUGAGUGCCGAUGGGAAGAUUGCUUAUCCUCCCGGAGUAAAGGAGAUCACCGACAAGAUCACCACGGACGAAAUGAUCAAACGACUGAAGAUGGUAGUGAAAACUUUCAUGGAUAUGGAUCAGGACUCAGAAGAUGAAAAACAGCAGUAUCUCCCACUAGCCUUGCAUCUUGCAUCUGAAUUCUUCCUCAGGAACCCUAAUAAAGAUGUGCGUCUCCUUGUAGCAUGUUGUUUAGCUGAUAUAUUUCGAAUCUAUGCCCCAGAAGCUCCAUAUACUUCCCAUGAUAAACUUAAGGACAUAUUUUUGUUUAUUACCAGACAAUUAAAAGGUUUGGAAGACACAAAGAGUCCACAGUUCAAUAGAUACUUUUAUUUAUUAGAGAAUUUAGCUUGGGUUAAAUCAUAUAACAUCUGCUUUGAAUUGGAAGAUUGCAAUGAAAUUUUUAUUCAGCUUUUUAGGACUCUCUUCUCAGUGAUCAACAAUAGCCACAAUAAGAAGGUACAACUGCACAUGCUAGACUUGAUGAGUUCUAUCAUCAUGGAAGGUGAUGGAGUUACUCAAGAAUUAUUGGACUCCAUACUUAUCAACCUCAUACCUGCACAUAAGAACUUAAAUAAACAGUCCUUCGACCUUGCAAAAGUCCUCUUAAAGAGGACAGUUCAGACUAUUGAGGCGUGCAUUGCCAAUUUUUUCAAUCAAGUCCUGGUGCUGGGAAGAUCAUCAGUAAGUGAUUUGUCAGAACAUGUAUUUGAUCUGAUUCAGGAACUUUUUGCCAUAGAUCCUCAUUUGUUAUUAUCUGUCAUGCCGCAGCUUGAAUUCAAACUGAAGAGCAAUGAUGGAGAAGAACGAUUAGCUGUUGUUCGACUUCUAGCUAAAUUGUUCGGCUCUAAAGAUUCUGAUUUGGCAACACAGAAUCGACCUCUUUGGCAGUGUUUUCUUGGACGAUUCAAUGACAUUCAUGUUCCCGUGAGAUUAGAAAGUGUGAAAUUUGCCAGUCACUGUUUAAUGAAUCACCCAGAUUUAGCAAAGGAUCUCACAGAAUAUUUGAAAGUUAGAUCACAUGACCCAGAAGAAGCUAUUCGGCACGAUGUCAUUGUUACUAUAAUAACAGCUGCCAAAAGAGACCUUGCCUUAGUAAAUGAUCAGCUGCUUGGCUUUGUAAGGGAAAGAACACUGGAUAAACGGUGGCGAGUAAGAAAAGAAGCUAUGAUGGGCUUGGCUCAGCUUUAUAAGAAAUACUGUCUUCAUGGUGAAGCAGGAAAGGAAGCUGCAGAGAAAGUCAGCUGGAUAAAGGAUAAACUUUUGCAUAUUUAUUAUCAGAAUAGCAUCGAUGACAAACUGUUGGUAGAGAAAAUCUUUGCUCAGUAUCUUGUGCCCCACAACCUGGAAACAGAAGAGAGAAUGAAAUGUUUGUAUUACUUGUAUGCUAGUUUGGAUCCAAAUGCUGUAAAAGCUCUCAAUGAAAUGUGGAAGUGUCAGAACAUGCUUCGGAGUCAUGUACGUGAGCUAUUGGAUUUGCACAAGCAGCCUACAUCAGAGGCUAACUGUUCUGCCAUGUUUGGAAAACUGAUGACCAUAGCAAAGAAUUUGCCUGAUCCUGGCAAAGCACAAGAUUUUGUGAAGAAAUUUAACCAGGUUCUUGGUGAUGAUGAGAAACUACGGUCUCAGUUGGAGUUAUUAAUCAGCCCUACUUGUUCAUGCAAACAGGCAGACAUUUGUGUGAGAGAAAUAGCUCGGAAACUUGCUAAUCCUAAGCAACCAACAAAUCCUUUUCUAGAGAUGGUCAAAUUUCUGUUGGAAAGAAUUGCACCUGUGCACAUUGAUUCAGAAGCCAUAAGUGCACUAGUAAAAUUGAUGAAUAAAUCAAUAGAGGGGACAGCAGAUGAUGAAGAGGAGGGUGUAAGUCCAGAUACAGCUAUUCGUUCAGGACUUGAACUUCUUAAGGACCUUAAUUCCCAUUUUACAUCAAAAGGCAAAGAGGGGUACUCCACACCAAGCGAAACAGGCCGUGCACUGUAUACAUGCCAUAUUCACCAAUAAAGAAGUCCAGCUUGCACAGAUUUUUGAGCCACUCAGUAGGAGUCUGAAUGCUGAUGUACCAGAACAACUUAUAACUCCGUUAGUUUCAUUGGGCCACAUUUCUAUGUUAGCACCAGAUCAGUUUGCUUCCCCAAUGAAAUCCGUAGUAGCAAAUUUUAUUGUGAAAGAUCUACUAAUGAAUGACAGGUCAACAGGUGAAAAGAAUGGAAAAUUGUGGUCUCCAGAUGAAGAAGUUUCUCCUGAAGUACUAGCAAAGGUACAGGCAAUUAAACUUCUGGUAAGGUGGCUGUUGGGUAUGAAAAACAACCAGUCUAAAUCUGCCAAUUCAACUCUUCGCUUAUUAUCGGCCAUGUUGGUUAGUGAGGGUGACCUGACAGAGCAAAAGAGGAUCAGUAAAUCUGAUAUGUCUCGCUUGCGAUUAGCUGCUGGUAGUGCCAUAAUGAAGCUUGCUCAGGAACCUUGUUACCAUGAAAUUAUUACUCCAGAACAAUUUCAACUCUGUGCAUUAGUUAUUAAUGAUGAGUGUUACCAAGUAAGGCAGAUAUUUGCUCAAAAGCUGCAUAAGGCACUUGUGAAGCUACUGCUCCCGUUGGAGUAUAUGGCGAUCUUUGCUUUGUGUGCCAAAGAUCCUGUGAAAGAGAGAAGAGCACAUGCACGGCAGUGUUUAUUAAAAAACAUCAGUAUAAGAAGGGAGUACAUUAAGCAGAACCCUAUGGCUACUGAGAAAUUGUUAUCGCUGUUGCCUGAAUAUGUAGUUCCAUACAUGAUUCAUCUGUUAGCCCAUGAUCCAGAUUUUACAAGAUCACAAGAUGUUGAUCAGCUUCGUGAUAUCAAAGAGUGCCUGUGGUUUAUGCUUGAAGUUUUAAUGACAAAGAAUGAAAACAAUAGCCAUGCCUUUAUGAAGAAGAUGGCAGAAAACAUUAAAUUAACCAGAGAUGCCCAGUCUCCAGAUGAAUCCAAGACAAAUGAAAAACUGUAUACGGUAUGUGAUGUGGCGCUGUGUGUCAUAAACAGCAAGAGUGCUCUGUGCAAUGCAGAUUCACCUAAGGAUCCCGUCCUCCCGAUGAAGUUUUUCACACAGCCUGAAAAGGACUUUUGUAAUGACAAGAGUUAUAUUUCAGAAGAGACAAGAGUACUUCUGUUAACAGGAAAGCCAAAGCCUACUGGAGUACUAGGUGCAGUAAACAAGCCUUUAUCAGCAACAGGAAGGAAACCCUAUGUUAGAAGCACCGGCACUGAGACUGGAAGCAAUAUCAAUGUAAAUUCAGAACUGAACUCCUCAACCGGAAAUCGAGCAAGGGAACAGAGUUCAGAGGCAGCAGAGACUGGAGUUAGUGAAAAUGAGGAGAACCCUGUGAGAAUUAUUUCUGUCACACCUGUAAAGAAUAUUGAGGCGGUAAAGAAUAAGGAAAUUAAUUCUGAUCAGGCUACCCAGGGCAACAUCAGCAGUGACCGAGGAAAGAAAAGAACAGUUCCAGCAGCUGGUGCAGAGAAUAUCCAACAAAAGACAGAUGAGAAAAUAGAUGAAUCAGGACCCCCUGCCCCUUCCAAACCCAGGAGAGGACGUCGACCCAAGUCUGAGUCUCAGGGCAACGCAACCAAAAAUGAUGAUAUAAACAAACCCACUAGCAAAGGAAGGAAAAGAGCUGCAGCAAGCCAGGAGACCCCAGGGGGUUUGGAAGCGGGUAACGCCAAAGCACCCAAACUGCAAGAUGGAGCCAAAAAGGCCACGCCAGCAGAGAGACAGAUCGACCUGCAAAGGUAAAAAGAAAAUUCAUUUGCAAAGGGAGAAAAUGAAGGCCAAACAGAAGCAGCCCCAGCUCUGCAGGCUCGGAUUCAGCGUCCCGGAACCGAAGACGAGGCUCUCCUCAGAACACACACUGUCUGCCCUGCGGACUGAAGGAGACUCUCACUUCCUCUUUCCAUGACAGAGCCCUGGGUGGAAAUGUACAGCAUAAACUCUCAAGACAGAGGCUAAAAGCAACUCUGCUCUCCCUCCCCCAGACUUUUCCUAGGAAAAGUCAAUAAUUAAGCAAAUUGCUUAACACUUGGUUCCAGUUCCUGCAUAUCUGGAGUUUAAAUGCAUAAUACACCAUUAAUUUCCAUGCUGCAGUUUUUAUUUUAAAGAAAGUAACAUGAUGUCCCUAUAUUGACACUGAAAAUUUAUCCAUUCUAAAGCCAGGAAUUUCCAUGUCACACAAGAAAAAUAGAAGCCUACUGAAUUAAUGAAUUUUUUUUUUAGAAGAAAAGAGAUCAGAGUUUAAAUAUUUCUUUGUUUUUCCUUUUGGAAACUUUUAUGUAUAAUUCUUUCUGCCUGUCUACUUUUCUGCAAAAAUGAGAUGUACAGAUUUCAGUUCCCUGCAAUGAAAAGUGAUGUGGUAGCAGUUCUAUAAAUGUUGCUUUCUGAUUUUUAUCAGAGUGAGAGAAUAAUUAAAGUUAUUGAUUUGCAAGUAGUAAACACUUCAUAUUUUGAUUUCCCCUCCAUUUUAGUUUAAUAUAAUUUGCAAUAAAUGUACAUAUUGUUUGUUUCACAAACCAUAUCACUUCACAGUGGUUUUUACUCCCACGACCAUGGUAGAGUAUUGGAAUUUUAAAGGUGUGAAGACUGUUCAGCAUUUGGUUUUAUAAUAUUGGUCACCAGAUUUCUAUUAUUGAUGUAAAAAAAUCAAUUUUUUUAAAUCAUUGGACUUUGGCAGCUUUGUAAGGAAAGUUGGAGGUGUCGAGGGUUGCUCUCAAUAUUCAGCAUUGUGCUAUUGAGAAGUAAGUGGUUUUUGUCUGCUGGUCUGGGCUCAGCUUUUAUCUUCAUUUUAGAGACACCUAUUGCAGUAUGUUAUGUUUCUUGGCAUUGUCCAGCAUAGGUAAUGUGUGUACUUUUGUGUACACAUAAUCAUAUUUAAGUUUUUUGCAUAAAAUAAAUGCUUCUAGAUGUCAUGGUAGUCUUCUGAUCUUUUUAUAUUAUGCUUGUGAACUUUUUUUAAGGGCUAAAAUCGCAGAGACACGAUUACAGUCAGCUCUCCAUUAUCUAUAUCGAGUGACUGCCUCGGGCUCUCGGUUCUGAGGUGCUCGGCUGUGCACACAGACCCUGAGGGUGUCCCGCGGGGCCCAGGUUAGAGGGAACCUGGGAUGCACCUUCUUGUGCCCAGUACACCCAGCCCACUGCCACCCUAUGCUCCAGCUGAGGCUCUGGCAGAAUGUGCUAUUUCCGUACACAGCACACAUUUGUAUUACAACUCGGUCUGCAUAGGUUGUAGCUACAUAGGACAUAAAACGAACAAUGAAAUUCUCCAGAAAGGAAGAUUAAGAAUGAAAUUUUCAAUCCAGGCAUCCACUCCUGUAAUCCUAGCACUCAGGAGGCUGAGGCAAUAAGUCACAAGUGCCAGCCUGGGCUACAUAGCAAGACCUUGUCUCAAAAGCCACACACACCUAGAAAAAAUGUGCCAGCCAUCUUGGUGGCACACACCUGUGAUCCCAGUUACUUGGGAGGCUGAGAUUAAAGGAUUCCAAUUUUGAGCCCAGCCUGGGCAACUUAAGGAGGACCUGUCUCGAAAGAUAAAAAGGGCUGGAGGUGUACAAAGUGUUAGAGCAUUUGUGACAUGACAACCCUGGGUUCAAUCCCCAGUACCACCAAAAAAAAUUCACUGAUAGUAAACAUCACUUAUUUUCAUAGAUAAUCAAGAGUUGGCUGUAAAUUGACAGUGAGUGAAAGAUGGAUAAUUCAUUUAAAUAUACAUAUAUACAUCAAUACACAAUUGGGUAUCAGAAGAUGAUUAGGGAACAAUAGAAACUCUUAGAAGAGCAGAAAAGUUCUCUUCCUGUUUAUUGCCUCUUCAUAACUCUUUAGAAAGUACAACUACUGCCUCCAACAUGCUGGACAAGAAUAUCUAUGCAGAAGUAUCGAGAAAGCCCCUCAAGCAAUCAGUGGAUGUGUUAGAUUUAGAAGUUUUCUUGGCAUUGGGCAAUUCUCUAAAUUUUUUGUGGUGCCCGGGAUGGAACCACAGGCCUCAUUCGUGACUGCUCUCCCAUGGAGCUGAAGCCCAGGCCGGACACUGACUGCUCCCACCUGCAGUUUGUCAGCAGCACAACACACACUGAUGCUGUGGUGCUGUGCAGUUGGUCAAAAGGAGCAGGAGAAACGGGGUUCCAGGGUGUCGCUUCCUGUUGCACUAAGUGUAGCAGGGACAUUGGUGUCAGUGUCGGGCUAUGCAGAUGUUGGCAGGGGAGGAGCUGAGUAACGGAUCUGUAGCUCAUGGGUCUGUCUGGCCCACCCUUGAUUUUGUAGGAUGACACUUAAGUGUCUGGCACCACGGGAGGGAGAAUAAAAUGGUUCAAAGAUUAAGCUAAUGGAGAAGGACUUGUUUACAAGAAAUUUGUCAAUUUUCCUUUGAAAAAGAAAACAAAAGUUAUUAGGAAUUUGGUAUUCACAUCUCAGAGAAAUACAACACAAAAGUGCAGACUUAUAUUUGAGAAUUAAUGUUAACCCUUUAUGUCUAGGUUGAAGCUUCUUGUAUUUGUCUAAAACUACAAGCCAGAAUUUUGUAUCUCCUUUGAUAAAAAGUGUGUAUAAUGUAAAGUAGUUUUGCAUAUUCUUGUGCUGCACAUGGGCUGAAUUUUUAGAAUUUUUUUAAAGACUUGAAGCAGAACCUUGUAAUUUGUGUAAAUGACAAGUGUAAAAUCCUACCAUAAAAUGCUAAAAAUAUGCACUGUUUCGAAUAAAACCAAGAAAUGCAGCAUUA